AUAGAAACACGCAAGAAAAUACGGUGUUAUCCCAAGAUUCUGGUAUCGGCUCGUUGGCGGAAAUUUUGGCGGAAAUUCAAACAUCGUUGGCGGAUCUUUCUGCAGCCUCAAAGACCCAGACAGCACCAUUCCAAGCUCUUCACGAAGACCUUCUCGUCCAAGAAGACACUGGCGAAGAGACGUAA